CAUGUAUAUUCCUAUUGAAAAAUAAGGUUUAAUCAAGAACUCUAACUCUAAAUAAAUUCUGCAAAUAUUAUUUUUGAAACGUCGAUAACAAAGGAGGAAGAACAAUGUCUUCUCUAAUUCGAUUGGCGAAAUCGAGUUCGAGUUCUUUGAAACAAGCUAAAGGGGUGCUUGGAUCUACAAGAAAUAUUACAACUUGUUCAAAUUUAGUUCUUAAACAAGUUUCCCCUCUCCAUCAUCCUCUUCCUUGCGCUACUUUCUCUCGCAACUUCUUCACCAUUACUGAUAAGAGGUUAAGUUUGGAUGAGAGGUUUAAAAGGAGAACAGCAAUGAACACUGUGAUCAAUUUCGUGCCUCAACAAGAAGCCUAUGUCGUUGAACGUUUCGGAAAGUACUCGAAAGUUCUGGACCCUGGAUUCCAACUUUUAGCUCCAUUUGUGGAUAGAAUAUCUUAUGUACAUUGUUUGAAGAAACAAACUAUUGAUAUCCCUGAACAACCUGCCGUUACUACAGACAACGUUAGCAUCACCGUUGACGGUGUUCUCUUUGCUUCGGGGAUAUUACUCCACCUUCAGCCAAAAGAACAAAUAAGGAAUAAAAGAGCUGCGAUUAUUAAAGCUGAAGGGCAAAGACAAGCUCAAGAAACGAUAGCAGAAGCUAAUAAGCGACAGCAAAUAUUAGAAUCAGAAGCUAUAAUGGAGAGCACAAUCAACAAAGCCAAAGGGAAAAGUGAAGCGCAAGUAACAAUAGCAGAAGCUAAUAAGAAGGAGGAGAUAUUGAAAGCAGAAGCUUAUGCAAAAGCACAAGAAAUUAAAAGUAUAGCGGAUGCAGAAGCAAUCAGAAUUAAGGGUGAAGCCCUUACAGAAGAGGGAGGCCAAGAGGCUGCAAACCUUCAGAUGGCGGAGUCGUAUAUGGGAGCUUUCGGUAAUAUAGCCAAGCAGUCAACAACGUUGCUGCUUCCUGCAGCUAUGGAUAAUCCUGCCAGCUUUAUAACACAGGCUCUUGCUGUGUACAAGCUAGACCACAUUGCCACAACCUGCAGAUAAAGCCUUAAUAAACCCCAACUGAAUAAGCUCGUCGAUCUAAUGUUAGUUUUUGGUCAAGAUUUCGUAUUAUGAAUUUAUGAUUCCGUAUAAUCUUAUCAGAUAUGGUUUUGUUAUCCAUUAGGAUGAUAACUUAAUUAAUUAGACUUGCAAAUUGCAAAUUGCAAUUUUCAUUUGACUUUUAUGUUCCUACCAACAAAUUACUCCAGUAGUAUUUAACUAUUUUUAAGGAAGAUUGUUAAAAAAAAAUGAUAUUUUAAAAGAGUACGGAGUACAUAGUAUCAAACAUACUCUUGUUACAU